AAAUACGCGACGACGACGAAGAAAAACAAACACGAAGAGAAGAAGAGAAUCAAUCUCACACGAAAUUACACAAUAAUAAUAAUAACAAUUAUUUAAAGAUUUAUAAAUUAAACUCCAAAGCUUCUCUGUAACGACUCUCUUCUUCAAUGCUAAUCAUUUAGAUCUUGAAAGAGAAACAAAAACCAAUGGCGGCUAAAUCGAAGAACAACCUUCGCUACCAACCGCGAAAAUCAGCAUCGCGAUCGACCCAAGCGUUCACGGUGCUCAUCGGUCUUCUCGUGGUGAUUAUGAUACUUCUAGGUCUGGGGAUCUUGUCACUUCCAAAUGCCAACAGAAACUCUUCAAAGCCCAACGAUUUGACCAACAUUGUACGGAAGAGCCAGGAGGAGAGGAAUGGAGGAGAUGAGGAAGGGAACGGUGAGCGUUGGGUUGAAGUGAUAUCGUGGGAGCCUAGAGCUGUUGUUUACCACAAUUUCUUGACCAAUGAAGAAUGUGAGCACCUGAUCAGUCUCGCUAAACCCAACAUGGUUAAGUCAACUGUGGUUGAUGAGAAAACCGGUGGCAGCAAAGAUAGCAGAGUAAGGACGAGCUCUGGAACUUUUCUCAAAAGAGGACAUGACGAAGUUGUCGAGAGGAUUGAGCAAAGGAUUUCAGAUUUCACCUUCAUUCCUGUUGAAAAUGGAGAAGGUCUUCAGGUUCUUCACUACCAAGUUGGGCAGAAGUAUGAGCCUCACUAUGAUUAUUUCUUAGAUGAGUUCAACACCAAGAACGGAGGACAACGAAUUGCCACUGUUCUUAUGUACCUCUCUGAUGUUGAUGAUGGUGGCGAGACCGUGUUCCCAGCAGCAAAAGGAAACAUUAGUGCAGUCCCAUGGUGGAACCAGCUCUCGGAAUGUGGCAAAGAAGGACUCUCUGUUCUACCAAAGAAGCGAGAUGCUUUACUUUUCUGGAACAUGAGACCUGAUGCCUCUCUAGACCCUUCCAGUUUGCACGGUGGAUGUCCAGUGGUGAAAGGAAACAAAUGGUCAUCCACGAAAUGGUUCCACGUCCAUGAGUUCAAGGUUUAAGAAAACUAAGAUAAGAGGAGGUUUACACGACAGCACAAGUUUGUGUGGAUACAGUUACGAACAGAUGUAUUGUUGUAUUUCCCUUUUGAAGUGAGAAAUGAUCCGAUCCUUAGGAAAUUGAAGGCUGUGUUUUAUGAUAUCUUGAGCGAUAUUUGAACUUUUUCUUUUAAACUAUUUGAGAUUUUUUUUGUAACUUUACAUGUUCUGUCUGAGUUUUUAUGACUUCAAUAAUUUAAUACAACCACACACUGUUUUAA